CCGUCCGGGCAGUCGGGGCGCCCCCGCCCCCAGACGCAGGUUCGAGGCCCGGCUGCCCGGCUGCCCUUUGGCAGAUCCUUCCGUAGCACCAUCCGGGCCAGGAAAGCACGGACCCCUAAGGCGGCACCCCGCCGCCAUCGCCCUCCCUCCGCAUUCUUUUCCCGGGCAGGGUGCCCGCCGUGAGCACCGGCCCUGGGCGGGGGCGGGGAAGCCCCGGGACUCGAUCCAGCCUGACGCCAUCACGUGAACCGUAGCUAGCAGUUGGCCCAAUGCAAGGUCACGGACCCCCAGACAUGGGUCCCCGGAGCCCUAGUUUGGACCCAGGUGUCCCCAGCUCCCUCGAUUUCCCCCCGCCCCGUCCCACGCCACGCCUCCGGCCGGCCUGUUUUCCCGGGUGACUUAAGCACGGGAGGCUGGGGAGAGGCGGGGCGGGGCAGGUCCGGCGGCCUCGGACCCCUCCUGGCGGACAGAGAGGGAAACAGGAAGGAGGGCGGCGCUUCUGAGCGAGGCCAGACGCCGGAGAAGAGAGGUCUCCAGCCCGGGCAAUCGGCCCCCCGCGGCGUCUCCUGCUUCCGCCCCUCCGCAGCCGCUGGGUGGGUGGGGGGACAUGGCUCCGCGCAGCGCGGACGCCUGGGCCCGGGUGCUCGCGGCGCUGCGGGCCAGCCCGGCCGCCUUCGUGGCCAGGGCCGGGGCGGAGGCUCUGGCGGCCGAGCUGCUGAGCGAACUGCGCAGCGAGAGGCUCAGCGAGCCCACUAAGGUCUCUCUGCUGGUUGUGAUCCUGGAGUUCCCCACACAACUAUGGCCUGACCCCGCUGCGGCUGAGGCAGCUGCCUCCACGCUACUGGACACGCUGGGCCUCCUGCCCCCACGGCCAGCUGGCCUCCGCCGGCCCCUGUUGCUGGCCAUCACAAGCGUCCUGGCCGCCUGCGGGGCCCUGGGCCCAGCCUCUGCAGCCACAUCCCGACUGCUGCCCAUGCUCUUGCAGGCUGCCACAGGCCGAGCCACGGGGCUGGAGCAGCGAGCCCUGCAGGCCACUGCCUCUGAGUGCCUACGAGAGCUGGAGAGCUGCCGGCCUGGGCUGCUGGCCGGCCAGCUGGGGCUGCUGCGGGCUCUGCAGGACACCCUGAGCACCCAGUCCCAUUGCCUGCUCUUAGUGCUGGCUCUGCGCAAUGCUCUCAGGGCCCUGGCCUGGGCUGGCCCCAGGGCCCCUGACGGACUGCACCGGCUGCUGGCAGCCAGACCUGAGGGGCCCCAGCAUGGGGAGAGACAAGCCUGGGACUGGAGCCUAAAGGCCCCAGGAGCCCAGUGGGCUGGACCAUGGGACUGGACCCUGGCUGGGGAGGAUGUCUGGGACUGGGCAGGGCCUUCAGGCCAGGAAGUGCCCUGGCCCGAGCAGGGCCCUGGCCCCCUGGAUCUCACCCCGCCUGAGGCCCGGGAGCUGCGGGCCACUGUAUCCCAGCUGCUAGACACCUCUUACCUGCUGACCCCGCCAGCCCAGGCCCAGAUGCUGCAGCAGCUGAGCCAGGUGCUGAGGGCUGUGCGGGGUCAGCCCCCUGCCCUCCUGAAGCCCCAGCUGGUACGACUACUGGGCACAGCCAGGGUGUCCCUGCUGCACACGGUGCUGGCCUUGAAGGACGCCUUUGGGGAGGCCCUCUUUACGGCCCAGGAUGAGGCUUUGCUGCUUCGGAGGCUGGUGGGGGCUGCCCAGCACCCAGCCCUGCCGCCCCCUGCCCGCCUCUUCUACCUGCACUGCCUCCUGCACUUCCCAGAGAACUGGCCCUUGGGGGCUGUGGGGGAAGAGGCUGCCCCGGUUUUGCUCACAGCCAGCCUGGCCACAGGUCUUCUGCCCAGUCUGCUGCAGGAGCCCCCAGAUCUCCUGGCUCGGCUGCAUCUUCUGUGUCUCUUGUGUGGGGAGGAGCUUGGCAGCGAUGGGAGCAGGGACUGCCACGGCACCGAGGACCGGGCCCUGAGUUACCUCCAGAGUCUGCUGGCCAGCCUGAGGCAGGGGGCAGCCCAGCCAGGGGGCCCCCAGAGCUCAGCCACUCUCUGCUUCCGGGCCUCCUACCUGGCUACACGCUGCUUGGCCAGCCACCCAGGGGCCCUGGCUCAGCUCACAGACGGGCUUGCAGCGCUGUACCGAGCCCGGCCCUGCCUGGCCCCCCAUUUUGUGGAUCUUCUAGAGCAGGCCGGAGCUGAGCUGGCAGAACCCCUGGGGAAAGCCCUUCAGCAGGUGGUAGUGGAGGGGGCGGGUGGGGCCCAAGCCCUCCAGUGGCAUCUGCAAAUCCUCACCAAAGUGGCUGGAGGCCAACCCUUGGGGCCCACCCUAGGCUUCCUGUGGGCAGCCCUAGGGAAGGGUGGGGACUGGGCCCGGGAGCAGGCCCUGCUCCGAGCCUGCCGUGCCCUCCUAAGAGGGACAGGGCUCGGCGGGGCAGCCCCCAGGGACCUGGCCAACCUGCUGCAGGAGCUGGCCCGGAGCCUGGAUGACCCUGAUGGCCGAGAUCGGGCCCGUCUGUAUUACAGCCUGUUCACUCACCUGUCCGGGCCCAAGCUGGGCUCAGCCCUGGGCCCCACACGCUCCACGCCCAUGCUGUGCUCUUCCCUGGUGGAGGAGAAUGUGGGCUUUGCCUCGGCUCUCACCGUCCAGGAGGCCCGGGCCCCAUUGCAGCUGAGGCGGGCUCCCCAGCGGCCCAGGGAACCCCGUGUGGUCCUGGGCCUCACAGUGGAAGCCUCAGAGAUCCUGUACUCGCUGGAGCUGCGCUUCCGUGUCCUAGGGCCACACUAUGAAGCGCUGGAGGCCGUGCGGGUCCCCUGCCUUCGUCCAGGAGCUGCCCCCAAGCUGCUCCUCCUGCCCCUGGAGCCCCGGCGCCCCUACCCGGCCCUCCUGGACAUCAGCGUCCUCUAUGCCACCCCCAGCGGCCUCACCUGUUACACACAGCUGCCCAGCUUUCCCAUAGCCUUUGCCGACCUCUUUCUACCUUUACUGCCUUGUGCCUUUCAGGAGCUCUGGGCCUCCUGCCUGCCUGGGGGAGUGGAGAGCUGCAUGUGGGGCCCCUGGCAGGGCCAGGCACUGGAGACUCUGGUCACCAAGCACUGGGAGCCUUUCAUUGUGUCUGCUACCCCACCCACCAGUUACCAGGUGGCCAUCUUCUUGCCCCCCAGCUCGCACCUGCUGCUGCAGCUGGAGGCUACUGGGGAGGAGGGGGUCAGGGUGGCCCUGAGGACGGAUGACUGGGCCAUACUGCCUCUGGCUGGACAAUACCUCCGGGGCUUGGGAGCUGUUGCCUGAGCAGAUCCUUGAUGGGACAUUGCAGGAAGACACUGGUUGGCCCAGAACUGGGUCCAAGUCUCCGGCAGGGUAGGGGGGAGAUUGGGGUCUCCUCCUGCUCCUUUCCCCCAUUUGUAAAGACUUGUUUAUUGCUGAAAA